AAUGAGGGCUGGGCCUGUCACGUGGGCCUGACAGCUGGGGAGGGGGUGGCCGGCGGCAAUGUGGCCCCGAGGCAGCCAGGAGGGAGGGCUGCAGCGUUGAGACCCCCAGCCUGCGUGACCCCGGCCCGCCUGUCUUGGGCCACUGGGCCCAGGUCCCACCAUGUUCUCCAGGAAGAAGCGGGAGCUUAUGAAAACCCCUUCCAUCUCCAAAAAGAACCGGGCGGGAAGCCCCAGCCCACAGCCCUUGGGGGAGCUGCCCAGGAAAGACGGGGCUGAUGUGUCCCUCGGACCCAGCCUGGAGCCACCAGGCGCAGCCUCAAAUGCCAAGGCCACGGGUACACUCAAGCGGCCCACCAGCCUGAGCCGCCAUGCCAGCGCUGCUGGCUUCCCGCUGUCCGGAUCCAGCACCUGGACGCUAGGCCGGGGCCACCGCAGCCCUCUGACCACCACCAGCCCCGCCGAGCUGCCCCCUGAGGGGCCGUGCCCCGACACCGUGGAGGACAUCUCCCACCUGCUGGCCGACGUGGGCCGCUUUGCCGAAGGCUUGGAGAAGCUCAAGGAGUGCGUUCUGCAGGAGGACCUGCUGGAGGCCCGCCGGCCCCUGGCCCACGAGUGCCUGGGGGAGGCCCUUCGUGUGAUGCGACAGAUCAUCUCCAGGUUCCCGCUGCUCAACACCGUGGAGACGCUCACUGCCGCGGGCACCCUCAUUGCCAAGAUCAGAGCCUUCCAUUACGAGUGCAACAAUGAGUCUGACAAGCGGGAGUUUGAGAAGGCCCUGGAGACCAUCGCUGUCUCCUUCAGUAGCACCGUGUCCGAGUUCCUCAUGGGGGAAGUGGACAGCAGCACCCUCCUGUCGGUGCCCCCUGGGGACCCCAGCCAGACCAUGGAGAGCCUGUACUCGCAGGGGAGCGAGGGCUCCACCCCCAGCACCGACGACUGUGACGGCUGCCUGCCCCCCGAGGAGGUGGACAUGUUGCUGCAGCGCUGCGAAGGCGGUGUGGAUGCCGCGCUGCUGUAUGCCAAGAACAUGGCCAAGUACAUGAAGGACCUCAUCGGCUACCUGGAGAAGCGGACGAUGCUGGAGAUGGACUUCGCCAAAGGCCUGCAGAAGAUCGUGCAUAGCUGCAGACAGAGCGUCAUGCAGGAGCCGCACAUGCCCCUCCUGUCCAUCUACUCCCUGGCCCUAGAGCAGGAGCUGGAGUUCGGCCACAACAUGGUGCAGGCGGUGGGCACGCUGCAGAACCAGACCUUCAUCCAGCCCCUGAGCCUGAGGCGGCUUGAGCAUGAGAAGCGCAGGAAGGAGAUUAAGGAGUCAUGGCACCGUGCCCAGAGGAAGCUGCAAGAGGCCGAGUCCAACCUUCGCAAGGCCAAGCAGGGCUACGGGCAGCGCUGUGAGGACCACAGCAAGGCCCGCUUCCUGGCGGCCAAGGCCGAGGAGGAGCAGGCAGGCACGGGGCCCGGGGCCGCGGCCUCCAAGACCCUGGACAAGCGGAGGCGUCUGGAGGAGGAGGCCAAGAACAAGGCGGAGGAGGCCAUGGCCACUUACCGCACGUGUGUGGCCGAUGCCAAGACGCAGAAGCAGGAGCUGGAGGAUGCCAAGGUGACGGUGCUGCGGCAGAUCCAGGAGGUCAUUCGGCAGAGCGACCAGACCAUCAAGUCGGCCACCAUCUCCUACUACCAGAUGAUGCACAUGCAGACGGCCCCGCUGCCCGUGCACUUCCAGAUGCUGUGCGAGAGCAGCAAGCUGUACGACCCCGGCCAGCAGUACGCCUCCCACGUGUGCCAGCUGCAGCGGGGCGAUGAGCCGGACGUGCGCUACGACUUCGAGCCCUACGUCUCCACCAACACCUGGUCUCCGGUCAUGCGCACCCGGAAGGGUAGCCUCAACGUCAGCGACGCCGUGGGGACAGAGGCCGCUGGCGGUCCCGAGGAGGAAAGCGGGCCCACCGAGGGGGCGCUGGCCAAGGACCGCAGGGGUGGGCGUGGCCACCAGGUGCACAAGUCGUGGCCCAGCAGCACCGCAGACUCCGACGGCAGCCUGGACCCCGGCUCUGGCUCAGGGGACUUCAAGAAGCUGCAGCAGAUGUCAUCCGGCGAGGAGCUGGCGGACCAGGACGGCAGCGCAGAGUCAUCAGCCUUCGAGCAGGCCGACCUCAACGGCAUGGCCCCCGAGCUGCCGGUGGCCGUGCCCAGCGGGCCCUUCCGCCACGUGGGGCUGUCCAAGGCGGCGCGAACGCACCGGCUGCGGAAGCUGCGCACGCCAGCCAAGUGCAGGGAGUGCAACAGCUACGUCUACUUCCAGGGCGCCGAGUGCGAGGAGUGCUGCCUGGCCUGCCACAAGAAGUGUCUGGAGACGCUGGCCAUCCAGUGCGGCCACAAGAAGCUCCAAGGCCGCCUGCAGCUCUUUGGCCAGGACUUCGGCCAGGCGGCCCGUGGCACGCCCGACGGCGUGCCCUUCAUCGUCAAGAAGUGCAUCGGUGAGAUCGAGCGGCGGGCGCUGCACACCAAGGGCAUCUACCGUGUCAACGGGGUGAAAACGCGCGUGGAGAAGCUGUGCCAGGACUUCGAGAACGGCAAGGAGCUGGUGGAACUGUCCCAGGCCUCGCCCCACGACGUCAGCAACGUCCUCAAACUCUACCUGCGCCAGCUGCCCGAACCGCUCAUCUCCUUCCGCCUCUACCACGAGCUCGUGGGGCUGGCCAAGGACAGUCUGAAGGCGGAGGCCGAGGCCAAGGCGGCGUCACGGGGCCGGCCCGACGCCGCCGAGAGCGAGGCUGCAGCCGUGGCCAUGGCGGGCCGGCUGCGGGAGCGCCUGCAGGGCCUGCCGCCCGAGAACAGGGCCACACUGCGGUACCUGCUGCGACACCUGCGCAGGAUCGUGGAGGUGGAGCAGGACAACAAGAUGACCCCGGGGAACCUGGGCAUCGUGUUUGGACCCACGCUGCUGCGGCCAAGGCCCACCGAGGCCACCGUGUCCCUGUCCUCCCUGGUGGACUACCCCCACCAGGCCCGCAUCGUGGAGACCCUCAUCGCCCACUACGACCUGGUCUUCGAGGAGGAGCCCGAGGAGGACGCGGAUGACCGGCGGGCUGAGGAUGGGGUGCAGGCGCCGUGCCCGGAGGCGGGUGCAGGGGCUGCCCUCCCGCUGCGGGAGGAGGGUGCAGACGGGGGUCCAGAAUCCCAAGUGGCCUCCAACGACUCCGACUCCGAGGGGGAGGAGGCCUCGGAGUUGCCGUCCCCGGCGGGCAGGGGCGCGUACCGCCUCAGCUUCCUGGAGAAGCAGGGCAGCGAGGCCAGCGUGGAGGAGGCCCAGGGCAGCGGCAGCGAGGAGCAGCUGGGGGCCGGGGCCGGAGAGGGCCUGGCAGAGCAGCUUUCCGAGUUCAACACCAAUCAGUGCAACAAUGUGGCCGAGGUCGGACUGCCCGUCACGUGGCUCCACGGUGGGCAGAUCGCAGCGGGCACCGGCCACGAGAGGCAGCCCGAGUUUGUGUAGCUGGGGCGCGGGGCACGCCGUGUGUUCCCGGCUCCCAUCCCUGUGGGUGUCCAGUCACCGGGAGGCCACGGGAGGCCUCUUCCUUCAAGCCCAUACCGGUGAGGGCAUUGCCGGCUGCCUCUUCCAGAAGCUUCCGGGGCACUUGGGUGAGGUCGAAGCCCGCUCCGUCUGCCUGUGUGCCCUGGCGACCCGACCCAGCCACGCUGGCAGAUCCUGCUGUCCAGUCGUCUGGGGACUGUGUGCUCAGAGAAGCCUCGGACGUCCCUGCCGCGUGGCCCUGCCCCCGGGGCCAGCUGCCCUGUGGGCCUACAAGCUCUGCCUUGACCUCUCACCGCUGGGCCACCACCGAAGGCCACUCUGAAAGCCAGACAGCAGCGGCCAGUGGCAGCACCAUGCCCUUGCUUUCCUGGAAAACCGAGUCGGGACGCUUGGGGUUUAGGCGCGUGGUGAGCUCCAUCUUGGUCACGAUGUACGUCUUUCACAUGCACAUUUACUCUGCUUAAAAUAAAGUUUAAAAAUCCGAGCCUAUCUUCUCUGGUGGUGGCAGGCUGGGGGUAGGGACACAGAGGACACAGAAGUUCCACUGUAGCUGUGUGAGCUCCAGUGGCCUUUGAGACCAGCUGUGCAGACACAACCUCAAACAACCACUUCGUAGAAACUUUUAGCCCAGCACCGUUCGGUAGAACCUUCCAGAUGAAAGAAAUGCUGUCCGUUCACCGUCCAGUGUGGCAGCCACCAGCCCUGGAAACGGGGCCAGUGUGCCUGAGGAACAGGUUUAAAUUCUGUGGCCACCUUCGGAGACGGCACUGUGAACCCUCAGCCUGGAGCAGAAGAGGACCCCUGCCCCCAAUUCCUGUUACUGACCCCCCACCCAGCUCAGAGACCACCCCCCAAGCUGGGUUUAUGCCGGAGGGCCGAGGACGGUUGGGCACUGGGAAGAUCCAACUCUUCAUAUGCAGCGCAAAAGCAGACGGAAUUCGCGCCCAUCAAGACACACAAGUGGCAGGAGGGGCCUUCCCCUCCUGACACAGAGCAGCCCCCCGGAACCUGCCGCGCACCCCAGGCUUAGAAAGCAGCAGCGGUGCCGGUCAGAAUGCUCUGCAACAGCUUGCCUGGCCCUCCCCGGCAGCAGCUAAGAAAGAUCUGGAAAAGGAGAUCACCGAGCCGGCAAACAGCCCAACGCGGAACUGCACGCAGCCAAACCUCAUCACGCGCUGCCCAUGUCCCCGCAGAGCCGAGUAAGCACCCAGGGGCCGUCUGGCCCGGGGCCGAGAAUACCUAUGGUCUGGCUCUUCACGGAAAAGAGCACGCCCACCCUAUAUAUGCUUUAAGAGGGCCAGAAGAGGGGCGCCUGGCUGGCUCAGUUGGUUAAGCGUCUGACUCUUGGUUUCGGCUCAGGUCAUGAUCUCAGUUUGUGAGACUGAGCCCUGCGUUGGGCUCUGUGCUGACAGUGUGGAGCCUGCUUGGGAUUCUGUCCCUCUCUCUGCCCCUUCCCUGCCUGCUCUCUCAAAAUAAACUUUAGACUCUUGAUUUCUGCUCAGGUCAUGAUCUCCUGGUUCAUGGGAUCGAGCACCACGUCAGGCUCUACGCUGACAGGGUCUG